CCCGAUUGAGCAAAAGCUGCAGGUGGCAUUUUCUUUUUUCUGGUGCAGUUGAUAUCAUUCUAGCAGCAAACGUGAUUUCUGGAAUAUCUAAUGUGAUGGAGAUGAGACUGUGCUCUUAUCGCCUGCAAAGCAUUAUGUAGUUUACAUGGGGGAGCACUCAUACAAGGACUCAGAAUCAGUAAUCACAGCUAACCAUGAGAUGCUUACCUCAGUAAUGGGAAGUCAUGAGGGGGCACAGGGUGCAGCGGUCCACCAUUAUACGAAAACCUUCAGAGGUUUCUCUGCAAUGCUCACCUUGGAUCAAGCAAGAGAACUCCAAGUGAGUGAUUCAGUAGUAUCUGUGUUUGAGAGCAAGACAAACCACAUCCACACAACACACUCGUGGGAUUUUUUGGGUAUAAGCAACUUGGAAAAAAGCCAUCAAGCAUUGAUGGAUUCAACAUCUGACACGAUCAUUGGAGUUAUUGAUUCGGGAGUAUGGCCCGAAUCUAAGAGCUUCAAUGAUUACGGGCUUGGUCCCGUGCCCGCCAAAUUCAAGGGUGUAUGCUCAACUGGUGAAAACUUCACUCUGUCAAACUGCAACAGAAAAAUAGUAGGAGCCAGAUUUUACUAUAAAGGAUUCAUAGCAGAAUCUGGGCCUCUUGAGUCAUUCAACGAGACAUUUUUCCUCUCAGCCAGAGAUGCUGAUGGUCACGGAACCCACACUGCAUCCACUAUUGCUGGCUCAGUGGUUCCCGACAUUAGCUUGUACGGAAUAGGGAAAGGCACUGCAAGAGGAGGUGCACCAGGAUCUCGACUGGCAAUCUAUAAGGCUUGUUGGUUUGACUUCUGUAGUGAUGCAGACAUCCUUUCCGCCAUAGAUGAUGCAGUUAGUGAUGGUGUGGAUGUCAUAUCAAUGUCCCUUGGACCAGAUCCACCCCAGCCUAUCUACUUCAGUGAUGCAAUCUCAAUUGGAAGUUUUCACGCAUUCCAGAAAGGAGUAGUCGUUUCUGCAUCAGCAGGCAACAGCUUUCUCCCCGGAACUGUAGCGAACGUUGCUCCUUGGAUUCUCACAGUUGCAGCAAGCACCAUGGAUCGUGAGAUUCAAACUAAUAUAUAUCUAGGAAAUUCACAAAUUAUAAAGGGUUUUAGUAUAAACCCAUUUCAGAUGAACAACUUUUACAGUUUAGUGGCCGGAAGUGCAGCAGCAGCCCUCGGGGUUUCCUCUGAAAACGCAAGCUUUUGUAAGAGCAACACCCUAGAUCCAGCUCUGGUUAAGGGAAAGAUUGUUGUCUGCACACUUGAAAUAAUUCUUGAUCACCGAAAUGAAAAGGCUGCUGCUGUAAAACAAGCUGGCGGUGUGGGGAUAAUACUUGUUGAUCCACUAGCCAAAGACAUCGGGUUUCAGUUUGAAAUACCGGGCGCAUUAAUCAGCAUUCAGGAAGCAGAAAAGCUUCAAGCACACAUGGUUUCACAACAAAACCCGGUGGCUAGAAUAUCCCGGACAAUGGCGGUUCUGCCGACUAAACCAGCACCUGAAAUGGCAAUGUUCUCAUCCGCGGGUCCUAAUGUCAUCAGCCCGGAUUUAAUUAAACCGGAUAUAACAGCACCAGGCGUGAACGUCCUGGCAGCAUGGUCUCCAUCGGCUACUGCUAACACUGCUGGAAGAUCAAUCGACUACAACAUAAUCUCGGGCACUUCAAUGUCCUGCCCACAUGUUUCUGCUAUAGCUGCUAUAGUCAAAUCAGUCCAUCCUUCAUGGAGCCCUGCAGCGAUCAAGUCUGCAAUAAUGACAACAGCAACAACUCAAGAUAACGUUAGGAGCUUCAUUAGAAGACAUCCAAAUGGAACUCAAACCUCACCUUUCGAUUAUGGAUCCGGGCAUGUCAAUCCAGCUGCAGCAGUUGAUCCCGGAUUAGUUUAUGAUUUUGAUAGCAGCGACAUCAUUGGUUUUCUGUGCAGCACUGGUGCAAGCCCUGCUCAGCUGAAAAACCUCACCGGUGAGACCACAUAUUGCAGAAACACCAAAACAUCCUCAUACGAUUUCAAUUAUCCAUCAAUUGGAAUCUCGAACCUGAAAGGAAAUAUAUCAGUGCAUAGGACAGUUACGUAUUAUGGGGAAGGGCCUGCUGUUUACAAGGCAGAAGUCGACUCUCCAGCUGGUGUAUAUGUCUCAGUCACUCCUAACAAACUCAGCUUCAAAAAGAUGGGGGAAAAGAUGUCUUUCAUGAUAAAUUUCACACCCUAUAAAACCAGUGAAGAGAACUUUGUGUUUGGAGCUUUAACAUGGACUGAUGGAAUGCAUGUCGUCAGGAGCCCGAUUGGUCUUAACAUACUCUCUCUAAGAAGUGUGUGAGUGAGACAAGUCAUCUUUCCAUGAAUGAGUAACACCACUUUCUUUUCCUGAAGGUUGCAAGUAUAAGAUACUGUUAUAACCCAAUCAAACAGCUAUUGGUAUUGUAGAUAGAUGUUCAUGUAUUUAUCAUUGAAUUCCACCUCAUCAAAAUGUAACCAAGUUUGUAAUAUAAAUCAGUAUGUCAUUUGUGUUUUCUA